CUCGUGUGUCAACCCCCUAAUCCACCACCGCUUCUUCCGUCCUUCAUCACUUUUUUCCUUGAUUCGAACCUUUCUCUAAUGUUCCUUCAGCCCUGGGGUGCUGCUUCGUUUCUUCACAUCCGUCUGUGUUAUUAUCAUUGACUGUCUCCCACCGUCCCUAAGCAUCAUGUCCUACGGCCACUAAAGUAAUAUCCUGCUCGAUCGAUUCCCCCUCCCACGUCCAAGCAACAGCACUCCUGUGUCGGUCGUUGCUUGCAGUCGACUCGAUCCUCCGAAUGCCUGAAUACCUCAUAUAACGCGUACACUGUUUACUCUUCGAAACGAAUCUGGCAUCUCGGCCGCUACACUUCGACCCUCACGGUCCGGCCUAGAACAAAAAGAUUGACCUCGACGAGCGAUCAUACAACCAUCAAUUUCACCAUCCUUCAAGCUGCCCACAUUCUUCCUUUAGAAUCAAGCUGGACAAAAUAUACCAUAAUACUAUACUACAUCUGGGCGAGCAGGCCACUUCUCAGCUCUGACAUUGAACUGUCCCUAAAUAAUCCUCUAUACAAAAGAAUCCGCGCUCAGCCACCUGUGUGUAAAAAGUAGGACCCAAUGGCACCAACCAUGCGUCCUGAAGGUCAACUCAACAUAAAUCUCUCUGGGUUGACUCCCAUCUCUGAACCCUCGUCGGUGCCUACUACCAAGUCUCCUUUUGGCGGUGCCAAAUCCUCAUCUGCGCUGGCGGGCUUGUCGAGUGCAAGAGUUGGAGCUGGUUCUCCUCUACAUGAACAAGCCUCGAGGUUGUUUCCUAAACGUACCAGGGAAUUACAAUCACAGACUGGCCUCUCCCCGAACAUCUGGGGACCACCUACCAGCGGCACGUCAACUCCGCUCUUUGAGAUCCCAGAGUCUCCCUCUCAAGAUGGGUUCCCCGACCUGGUUCCUCUCACCGAAACCGGCAUCAACAGUCCAGCAAGAAGAGGCCGGGCGGGUACGUUACCCUCAAGGAUUUCUCCUGUCGGAACAAUCAAUGGAGUCAAUGUCCUCACGUCCAAAACUUCUCGACCAACACCUUCUACAAGUCCGUUUCGACCCGGCUCAACGUCGGCUGCAGAGACCGCCUUUUAUUCCACUUCAUCUUCCAACCCUUCCAAUUCUGGAAAUGCUGCUCUCUUAUCUAGACUGCGUGCUGGUAGCAUGCCCCAGAGAACAAGUUUACUAGGCUCAUCCGGGGCGUUUGGACAGAAUGCCUUUGGCAGCAGCUGGGGCAGCCGAGCUCGAGCCGCUACUUUGACCAGUAUCAGCUCUGCGGAUGAUCCCACUUCGCCUCAGCAGCCAGGCUUUUCGAAAGAUGGUAUGUCAGACUCUGGCGUGCGAACCCUCGACUACUUGGGUCUCGUGGAAACACCACAGCAGUCGAGGUUGAUGGAACUCCGCCACGGGAACGACGACACCUCACUUACUCAUGACUCGGGUUUGUCGGAUGGUUUGGCCAACUCAAACUUGCGGAAUUCUAGUCGCUUUAGGUCGUUCUCGGUCAACACAGAACCCAAGUUUGGCCAGGAUACCCAAGACUCCGGAUACUCGAUGUUCCAGAGCGGCACGCUGACGCCAUCAGCUGCUGCGGCCCUGGAAGCGGAGUAUGAACGGGUUCAGGAAAAGGUGCGCCUGCACAACCAAGCUGUGCAGGCUUUUGCCGUCAACGCAAGCGCGGCACGACCACGAGCUCGCACAGCUGGCCUAGUGGAAACCCCUCAGCGCACUUCUCUUCGCAACCUAAUCCAACCAAACAUGGAUCUCGGUUUUGAUAUGCAAGGAAAUACUUUGGAUGAAUCUUCGCUUGCUGAGGCGCUCCAGAAUUUGAACAUGGGCGAAGGCCUUCCCUUGGCAUUCGACAGCGUGGACGACUCGGACGUCCAGCUAUCACGGUCUCUGUGGAUAGGAUCCAUUCCCAAUUCCACGACCAUGUCUUCCUUGGACGCCAUCUUCAGCCGGUACGGUCCUAUAGAGUCGACAAGAGUUCUCACACAUAAAAACUGUGGCUUUGUUAAUUUCGAGACAGUCGAACAUGCUGUGAGGGCGCGCCAGCUCCUGAAUGGGAAGGAGAUCUUCCCCGGUGCAGGGCCUGUGCGAAUCGGCUUCGCAAAAGCUCCAACCUCUGUUUCUCUAACCCCCGUUCAAAAUUCAACUCCUCCACCUGGUGCCAACGGUCAGCAGGAUUUGUUCACCUCGCACACCCAAGAUGGGAUUGGAGGCAACGGUGAUUCCGUUAACGCUCAGCAGGCAGCGGGCCAGUCUUCUACCCAACGUCUCAUCGACCUGCAACCUGAAAUUUUACAGAUAGUGGUCGACUUUGGGGGACAACAAAACGAUUUGCCCGCAAUCUCAGCCAAUAUUGACAACGCUAUCCGCUUUCAGUCGUUGGAGAAGGAGAUCCCACCAAUUCCGGAACCAAGUGCUGGCCGAAUGUACGACGCGCCUAGGCUACGCGACAUUCGAAAGCGCAUUGAUAACGGAGCUUGUGGACUGCAAGAGAUUGAGCAGAUCGCCCUUGAUAUGUUGCCAGAAAUCGCCGAACUCUCUUCAGAUUAUCUUGGGAACACUGUCGUUCAAAAGUUGUUCGAGUACUGUUCCGAGCAAACCAAAGAACAGAUGCUGGCGUGCAUUGCUCCUCGUCUUGCUGAAAUCGGAGUGCAUAAGAACGGUACCUGGGCUGCUCAAAAGAUCAUUGAGGUCUGCAAGACCGACGCCCAGACUCGGAUGAUUGUCAACGCUUUACAUCCAUACACAGUACCAUUAUUCCUUGAUCAAUACGGGAAUUACGUCCUCCAAUGUUGUCUCCGAUUUGGUCCGCCAUACAAUGAUUUCAUAUUCGAGACCAUGCUCAGCGAACUUUGGGAGGUGGCGCAAGGUCGAUUUGGUGCCAGGGCUAUGCGGGCUUGCCUUGAAGCUCACCACGCCACCAAAAACCAGCAGCGCAUAAUGGCGGCAGCCAUUGCUUUGCACAGUGUGCAGCUUGCGCAGAAUGCCAAUGGUGCGUUGUUACUGACCUGGCUGCUUGACACCUGCACUUUUCCUCGAAGACGAUCUGUGCUGGCACCGCGUCUCGUCCCACACUUGGUACAACUUUGCACCCACAAGGUUGCAUACUUGACGGUGCUCAAAGUCAUCAACCAACGCAACGAGCCUGAAGCUAGAGACAUGGUCUUGAAGGCUCUCUUCUUUAGUUCUGAGGACACUGUCUUGGAGCAGAUUCUGUGCGAUCAAACCUCUGGCGUGACUUUGAUUUUCAAGAUUUUGACCACCCCCUUCUUGGAUGAUAAUAUGAGGCCUGAUGUUAUCCAAAAUGUUUCCAGGGUCCUGACGAAAAUCAAGGCCCAACCCAACCAAGGUUAUAAGCGAAUCAUGGAUGAAGUUGGCUUAUCCUCUCGGCCGAGCCAACCUCAUGUACAACAACAACAACAGCAGCAGCCGUCCCACGGUCAUCAGAACUUUCACGAAAGAGGGCGACAGCCACAUCAGUCCAUGAAUGGAAUACAGCAACAAGGCUUCCAACGCCAAUUCAGUGGCAACUAUGUAAACGGCAGUGCCUUCGAGAACAACAUGAGUCCGAUUCGCACAGGCUCGGCUGAUUCCUUCGGUUUCCCAGCGUACAGUAUGAACAACUUUCCAGCCCAACAAGCAUUCUCUCAAGUGCCAUAUCAGCAAGUAUCCCAGCCACAAUAUCAAACCUAUGGCACACAACGAUCGAACAAUGGGUACAUGCCAAGUGGAUAUACAGGCUAUGCGACACCACCAGCGUCAGUUGAUCCCUUCCGAACCAUUCCGAAUGCUUCAACCUCACCUCUUUCAUUCCCGGUCAGUCCCGUCAUUGGUUCGGGAGGGUAUGGACCUCAGAACUAUGCCCAGACAAUACCAAACAACAUGUACAACUAUCCACAACAACAAUUCUUUUUCUCACCGCCCAUGCAGACUGUCCAUUCUGGUGGCCGGGGUCGGAGGAGGUGAAUUGAAAACAAAAUGUUGGGCUCUGACGACCUUUCGGCACGUUUUUCCCAUCCAAGGUCGGGGGCGUGACCAUUGGACAGGUCCUUGGGACUGUUUCUCUCUUCCCCUGCUGCGAAGGCUUCUACGAUGCUCGCGUUCAGAAGAUGGCGUUAUUGAUGGAUAUGAGAUCCUUCUCGCGCAGGACUUCAAGUACAAGUGAUACUUAAAGUCUGAGAAGGCCGCGCGUGGUUUGGCGUUUCCUGGUCAUAUACUCCGUAUAUAGCCAGAAGAUUUCUUCUUGCCUCUCGUGGCACUGAUUACUUUUACAUUCCAACACGAUACUUGCUGCAUUUUGACGGAACAAUAAAUUUUAUUUCCUCUUCUCUCCCGUGUUGGUUCUAAAUUACGCCCUUAGGGAAUCAUGGGAAACGCGUCCAUGAUAUAUGACGGCAAACAAAAAAAGGGCAUAUCCACAGACUUUCAGACGUGUAGUGAUGAAUGGGGUACCUAGGUACCUUGGGUAGGGCAAGUGUUGAUUGAUCGGUACGGACAGUUCGGAGUGUA